GCUGCUGUGUGAGUGGAGGCUGGAGCUCAGGUAUCGAUGCUGCUGUCUGACUGCACGCGGAUGAUUAAUCAAUGUGUGCUCGGCGUGCUCCAGCAGCAGGAAAGGCUGCUCGAGGUUCACCGCAGGACCUGAGUGAAUAAACACAUUCAGGUCCGAGCCGUGGACGGAGAAUUAGGCGCUGUCCGCGGUCCUCAAUCCCCCCCCGAGGCGUCUCGUUAAUCCGGGAGGACACCGACGACCAUUUUCCUCCACAACCUGUUCGCACCUGUGAUCACCGAUGAUUGAUGAGUCAAGCUGUGAUGGAGGUCCUGAGUGUCAGCCGCCACAUUUAGUCGGACCGCUUCAGUUUUCAUGAAAGAAUGGAUGAAGGACUCGUGAAAUUAAAAGGCUGACUGAAAGUCGAUGAGACAAAAAUGUUUCUGAAGACCUCGUUUGUUACAUUCUUUCACAGGUUAUCUUUUUAUUGACCAGCUCAAGCCAGAUUCGGCCACAAACUGUCCAUACAGAGAAAUUCCAGCACGUUUCUUUUCUUUUUUUCCACCUUAAAAUGGACUGCUGUAAUUUAGUUACCAUUCAAGGAUAGGUGAUUUGCAUUUCCCUAACCAUGGCUCGUCUGCUUGUUUUGCUCAACUCCGUGGUCCUGUUGCUUUUUGGCAGCGACGUGUUCUUUGUAGGAGCAAACCGGCCACCAGCUCCUGUCAACGUGUCUGUCAUGCAUCUGCGAGCCGACUCGGCAACUGUAUCCUGGGAGGUUCCAGAGGGGGACAUAAUAAUUGGCUUCUCCAUCUCCCAACAGAGGCAGGAUGGACACAUGCAGCGAUUCAUUCGGGAGGUCAACACCACCAGCCGUUCUUGUGUUCUUUGGGACCUGGAGGAAGAGACUGAUUAUAUCAUCCAGGUCCAGUCCAUCAGCCUGUACGGGGAAAGCCAAGCCAGCAAGAAAGUCCAUUUUCGCACCCUGAAGAAGUCAGACCGCUUCCCUUCCAAUAGCUCCAACCAAGAUGACCCGACGGUGCAAGGCCUGGAUAAGUCUCGACAUCUACAAACGGGAGAGAUGAUCAUAAUUGUGGUGGUCUUAGUCAUGUGGGCAGCCGUUAUUGCCCUCUUCUGUCGGCAGUAUGACAUCAUAAAAGACAACGACUCCAGCAACAGUAAGGAGAAGGUCAAGCCAUCGUCAGAGAGGAGCACGCCGGAGCACCACAGCGGAGGACUGCUGAGGAGCAAGUUUCAUCCUUCUGUGCCAUCAAUCAACAUCAUUGAGGUGUGAGAAGAAGGACAAACGUCAACUCCUCCGUCUUCAACCGUUCAAGCGUCUUUGACUUCUCUAACUGAACAGGGAAAUUUACAGCUGAAAGCAUCAAGAGUGUAUCUUCUGUAAGGGGUAUCGGUAGUUACAGCGUGUUGACAGAAGACAAGCAUGCAUGCACCAAAAAUCUGUGUGGGAAAGAGAAAUACACACAAACCUACACGUGCACACUCCAAAACUGAAAAAAAUGGCCCCAUGAAACUCGACACCCUCAAACGCACUGACUCGUGUUGUGGUCCUUUUAGACAGAACGUGCUUAAAGUCGGCUGAUAAACACGACACAUCCAUUCAGAAAGCUAAAUGGAGGAAGAGUUCAUUUUUUAUUUUCAUUGUUUUACUUUAUAUCUGAGAGGGUAGCACAGUUCUGCAGUUUCAGAGCAUUUGGAACUUGUCCUUUUUUCCCCCCUUUCUUCAGGCAGUGGCAGUGAUAUGUUUUUAUUUAUUUAUCUAAUAAAUCCUGGAACAGCUGCACCUUCUGUUCAAGUCACAUAUCAACUGAAUUGCAGGAGCUCGGUGACAAGCUACUAUGACAUAACAAAGAUAUUCUCGCAGACCGUUCGGUCUUGUCCUCCUGUGUUCAUGUCACGUUCCGUCUGGAAGGACCACUAAAGCUUGAAUAAAACCCUUCUCUGUCCGGGGUGGGGUUGACAGGGCAUGAAUUAAUUACUUUUACCCAUGGUGCAGACAACACCGCUCGUUGUGCCAGGUGCUUGGUAUAUUACUGCAAUACGAAACACACAAUGUAAAACGUAUCAUCUCUGGGAGGCCUGUCUGACUGUAUAUACGCAAUGUAUUUUUGAUAUUGGCAUGUGCAGUUAGAUACUACAUCUAGACAAGUUUAAAUAGUGUUAUAGACUGCCUGAGCAUAACUGUAUCAUACCCUCUGAUUGCUGUGAGAUGGUAGCCUAUAAUGACCAUAAGGACCAUUUGUAAGAACUACAGUCAGCACUUAUUUUUGUCCUAUUGUUCAAAAUGAAAUUCCAUUUGCAUCUUUUUCAUAUUUCAUGAAUAACAGAUUUCGUUUAUUUGCUAAAUAAAGUUGCAUGCAGGGUAGUAUAACUUUGAUGUGCAUUUUAAAAACAAAGUUGCAAUACCACGAAGCUCUGAAACUUCUUUCAUCUGAUUUUUAGAAAAGGACACAGCCUUUUAUCAUCCAGUAUGCCUUUAUUGCCAUUUCGCAAACACAAAUGUAUUUACUUAAGUGUAAAUGAAACCUUCUUUGAAUGUUCCAUUAAUGAACUGAAGCUAAUCUAAUAAAAUUUGUUUCACUGGAUAGCAUAAAGCACUUACAGUGUUUGCAGAUUGCACUUCCGCACAUGUAAUGCUCAUCACGCGUCACAAAGAUGGAUUAUGUGCAUUAAAUGCUGGCCACUUUCUGAGGAGAAAGUGCAUUAAAUGUACAAAGUGCUUGGCAAGUUUUCCCUCAUCCCCGUUAUGGUGCCUCAACAAAACCUGGAAUAUAGCAAAACACUCAUAUCUUUACGGCUCCCCUUUAAA